AUGGAAGACGAAGCUGAAGCUUCAGGUCUUGCUCUAGCCGACCCCGAGGUCCCCCCUCUUUUCUAUGUCGAGUCCAGCGAACAGCCUGGCGUCUAUCGUCGCUCUUUCAAGCUCACUGACGAUAUUUUCCCUCCUUACUUAGAUCCAAUUCCUACAUGGAUGAAACCAAUGCUCGCUGCGGAUGCUACACCUUUAAUCCGCGGCACGACUCCAGACAUGUUUCCUCCCCUCUUUUUCUAUUCUGCUUCACAGCCUCUUCCUUCUGAGUUUAUUCUGCCAUUCAGCGACCGCCCCAAAAGCUUCUAUAUUUCCCUUACCCAUGAUAAUUCCAUUGUUAAUAUCCAUGACAACUCUCCCAAAGUGAGGUGUGGUCCUGCCGCUCAGAGGGUCCUCCGCACUCCAGAGCUACUGGAGAAUAUCUUCCUCAGGCUCGACAUGGCUACCGUUCUGACGUCUGUUCAACGAGUCAACAAGAACUUCAAGCGGGCUGUUGAUGGAUCACUUGCCCUGCAGCGGAUGCUUUACUUCAAGUUUCACAGGAAUGCCGAAACCGGUCUCCAUCCACAGGCACCCUACAACGGAGAUGACCGCAUGGAAUUCCCAAUCCUCAACAGUCUCUUGGUCAAGCAUUUCGGGAGCUGCUUCUUCGACUUUGGCGACGUCUACGGCUGGCAGCGCCGAGCAGAGUCCUUCUAUGAGAAUAAAUGGACGCGCCACCACCACGAGUUAAAAGUCGACAUGAUGUUCGGACGCCAAAAGAUAUACAGGCCAGUACGCCCCGAUCUUGAUUCCGUGCAGAAACUUCAAGCCAGCCAGGACAGAGAUCGGUUCACCCGAGCUGGCGCGAGUUGGCGCAGGAUGCUCGUGUGCCAGCCUCCAAUCUAUGACUUUGGCGCCAUGAUCUUCCAACCCGUCAAUCCCUCCCGGCCUGUCCCCCAGAAGAUGGAAAAGGCCAUCAUCAAGGCCGAAGAUGACGAAUCGGGCCUCUGCAUGGGCCAGCUCUACGACUUUGUCCAAGAACGCGCCGGCAACCAUCCCCUCGACUCCCUGUGGUUUCGCGUUACCUGGUUUGAUACUCAAGGGCCCUUCACAUCAGUUCUCUGCUCCGACACCGCCAUUGAAUGGGUCAUUGACGGCGUACCCAUUGUGAUUGAAAUGUUCCACAAGAACGAUAGUCUCCGUCCAUUUCACCCACCUGACCCGCCAAAGCCCGAUGUCUUUAACAAGAACUUCAAGUGCAAAGACUUUAAGCCCCAUGAAUGGGUUCCGGAUGAGGCCGUCAUCGAUUACUAUGGCCAAGGAUACGAAACAGCUUCGCCGCUGAUGAACCAGGAUAAACGAAUGAUUUGGUGCGGGUCUCCAAGUAUGUGGCCAGUGGUGUAA